AUGUCUCCAGCUUUGCAAAUGGUAGAUACUUUCCGACUUGGAGUUCCUAGAUCAAACGAAGAUCGAAGCGUAAUGCUUGAUGUGGAGGCACUUACUGCCUUCGAAUUCUUCAAUGUAAUGGGAGGUGAGUAG